CGCUCGAUUAUUAAUACGCCCUUCCGCUGGGCUUCCCCUUCCAACCAAAACCACCAUCGUAUCCUCUUCUCAUCUGCCCGGAGACUUCCACCGAAUCUGCUCUCAUUUUCCCGGAGACUUCCCUCCGAAUCUGCUCUCCAUCUCUCAGUUUUCGUCUUCAGGGAGUGCAGGAAGCUGAGGAGAAGGUGAAUUUGUUCGACCAUGGCACGGGAGCAGCUUCAAGUGCUCAACGCUCUAGAUGUGGCUCGUACGCAGUGGUACCAUUUCACGGCGAUCGUUAUUGCCGGCAUGGGCUUCUUCACCGACGCCUACGACCUGUUCUGCAUCUCGCUCGUCACCAAGCUCCUCGGCCGCAUCUACUACUUCGACCCCAAUUCGGCUUCCCCUGGCACGCUGCCGCCCAAUGUCGCCGCCGCAGUCAACGGCGUCGCCUUCUGCGGAACGCUCACUGGACAGCUCUUCUUCGGCUGGCUCGGCGACAAAAUGGGACGCAAGAAGGUGUACGGCAUGACUCUCAUGCUCAUGGUUAUCUGCUCCAUCGCCUCCGGCCUCUCCUUCGGCCACACCGCUAAGGGCGUCAUAGCCACCCUCUGUUUCUUCCGCUUCUGGCUCGGCUUCGGCAUCGGAGGCGACUACCCGCUCUCCGCCACCAUCAUGUCGGAGUACGCCAACAAGAAGACUCGCGGCGCUUUCAUCGCCGCCGUCUUUGCGAUGCAGGGCUUCGGCAUCCUCACCGGGGGGAUCGUCGCCAUCAUCAUCUCUGCCGCCUUCAAGAACCAAUUCGACGCGCCGGCGUACAAGGACGACCGCGGUGGGUCCACUGUGCCGCAGGCCGACAACAUCUGGCGUUUAAUCCUGAUGCUCGGUGCGCUCCCGGCGGCCUUGACCUACUACUGGCGGAUGAAGAUGCCGGAGACGGCGAGAUACACCGCCCUGGUCGCCAAAAACGCUAAGCAGGCGGCGGCCGACAUGUCGAAGGUGCUCCAGGUCAACAUCACCGAGGAGAAGGAGAGGGUGGAGGAGCUAACGAUGAGGGAGUCCAACAACUUCGGGCUCUUCUCGAGGGAGUUCGCCCGUCGCCACGGCCUCCACCUCCUCGGCACCACCACCACGUGGUUUCUUCUCGACAUCGCCUUCUACAGCCAGAACUUGUUCCAGAAGGACAUCUUCAGCACCAUCGGGUGGAUCCCCAAGGCGGACACCAUGAACGCCAUCGAGGAGGUGUUUCGCAUCGCGCGCUCACAGACCCUCAUCGCGCUCUGCGGCACCGUCCCGGGCUACUGGUUCACCGUCCUCUUCAUCGACACCAUCGGCCGGUUCGCCAUCCAGCUCAUGGGCUUCUUCUUCAUGACCGUCUUCAUGCUCGGCCUCGCCAUCCCCUACCACCACUGGACCACCUCGGGCAACCACAUCGGCUUCGUCGUCAUGUACGGCCUCACCUUCUUCUUCGCCAACUUCGGCCCCAACAGCACCACCUUCAUCGUGCCGGCGGAGAUUUUUCCGGCGCGCCUGCGGUCGACCUGCCACGGAAUCUCGGCGGCGGCGGGGAAGGCCGGUGCCAUCGUGGGGGCCUUCGGGUUCCUGUACUCGGCGCAGAGCAGGGACAUGUCUCACAGGGACAAGGGCUACCCGCCCGGCAUUGGCGUCCGCAACUCCCUCUUUGUGCUGGCGGUCUGCAACCUCUUGGGCAUGGUCUUCACCUUCCUGGUUCCGGAGUCGAAGGGCAAGUCGCUCGAGGAACUGUCCGGCGAGAACGAGGAGGCUGAGCAGACCGCCUGGACCGCUGCUUCCAAGCCGCCGGUUUAAUGUGAUUCAAGUUCCUCUACAGUUAGUUUACGUCUCUCAUCAGCUUCCAUCACACUGUUAGUGUUACACUACUGAUUAUGCAUCGAUAUAUAAUGAGAGAUGAAGUAAUUACAUUAUAUAAUGAAUGUGUGAAAUGCUUUAAUCUGUAUAACCUUUGUUCGUCUUCAUGUUUAGUGACGUUGGUCCUGAAAUAAAGCAAAUGUUAAUCACUGCGUCAA